CCACAGAAAGACUUGGGGAUCAAACUAAUAGAUUGAACACCAGAUCUGUUUUUCCAGACAGAAUUGUAGGUCCACUGUUCCAUUGAUCUUCUUACACAGGUGGCAUUCCUCAAACCUGGAGACCAGAAUGUGAUGUAGUCAAUUAAUAACCAAGCACACCUGUUACACGGUGCAGCAGGUGGAGCCCGUGUUGCCAUCUGUCUAUAAGAAUCCUCCAGCUCUAGGACAGUGAAGAGAAUUGGUAACGUCAGUGCAGUUUUACCAGCUUCUUGUAUAGAACUUCAGUCAUGAAGCUAACAAUCGUCUUGCUUCUGGGUGCCUUUGCCCUGCUGAGUUUAUCUGAUAAAACCAGAGCUGACUCCCAGGGAAGAAUGGCCAAUUGUAACAGUGAAGGUACUGGAUGCCCUAGGAAUUACAACCCUGUCUGUGGUUCUGAUGGAAAUACUUAUUCCAAUGAAUGUAUGCUAUGUAUUGAAAACCAGAAGCGCCAGACACCCGUCCUCAUUCGAAAGUCUGGGCCUUGCUGAGAACCCAGAGUUCUGAAAUCCCCUAAGGUCACCAGAAUGCCAGACUGGCCUGGUUACCGAAUAAAUGCAUGCAUCUGAAUAGCACUUGCUGUGGCAACAUGCUUUUUCCUCAAAGGAAGUGUGUGGAUUACUAUGCCCAUGUCUGGAAGUUAUGCUUUAAAAGAGCUGACAUUCAAACUGGAGUGUGCUGAGAGAAGGGACUGAUAAGAAUUUGAAAAUUUGUCUGUG